AUGGAGUCCGUGGUGUACCGUGAUCCCGUUGGAGCCAAAAUCUUUGAGCGCGGCAUGACACUCUUCCCAGAGGACGAAAACUACCUCUUGGAGUAUCUCAGGUACCUGCACUCAAAGGAUGAUACCACAAAUGCGCGUGUCGUCUUCGAAACGUGCGUCAACCGCUUGACGCAGAAGCCAGAGACCGUGAUCAAGGCGAAGCCGCUUUACGCAUACUUCCAUAAAUACGAGUCGCAGUUCGGCGAGUUAGCGCAGAUAUCCAAGCUGGAGUCACGAAUGGCGGAGCUGUUCCCCGACGACCCCAAGCUCGCAACGUUCUCCCAACGGUACACGUCAACCAAGUUCAACCCCAUAAAGGCCCCCAUCAUCGUCUCCCCGGCGGCCCAGCUACGGCCCAAGGUAGUCAUGCCAUCCAUUGAACACCCGCUGCCUGUGCGCAGGACCCAAAGUCCCGGGGCGCCGACGCACGGAUCACCGCGUGACGAUUACGAAGAGCUCAACCGGCCCCGAAAACUUGCGCGAGGCGAGUCCCCGCUCAAGGGCGCAGCCGGUCGACGGCUCGACCAGCAGCGGCGAAACCAGAGCUCGGCACUACAUCGAGAGCUUACCUUUUUCCUCAACAUCCUUCCGUCGGCGUCCACCUAUGAUUCGGCAAGAUUCAACCCGGUAUCGAUGACGAAAUUGCUGCAAUCUACAGUCGUACCGGAUUUCGCCUCUUGGAAGACCACUCAAGACCGUGGUGGCGGCGCCCCAAGGCACGCGUCUGGGACAUUCCCUGCCUUCCAACGGGCCCAGAGCCCAUAUACGGGAGGCGCCGGCACAGGGCGGCCAGGGCACAUAGCUGCGGCAUUCCCGCCUCAGAGGCCCAGCUCCCGAGGGUAUGAGCAAUAUGGAGCACCUGCUGCCAGCUACGGUCAGCCUCAACAACAGUAUGGCGGCUACCGGUACUAA